CGUCCCUUUUCCCAUCUCUAUUCCGGCAUAAUUCGCAGUAAACCGAAACGUUUUGAAAUUGUUAACAAAAAAAGAAGGAAAAACAUUUAUGAUGCAGCGCGAAAUAGCGCAUAAUCUGGCGACAGGUGAGCGGCGCACCAAUGAUGUGGCGCCCGGCAAGGUGAAGACCUUCUCCGAGCUCAACCUUCGCCACGAAAUUGUGCUCGGACUGCAGAGCAAAAAUUUCCUGACACCGACCAUGAUCCAGGCGGCUGCCAUACCCAUUGCGCUGACUAGGAAGGACAUGCUGGUACAGUCCAAGAGCGGCACUGGAAAGACCCUGAUCUAUGCGAUAGCAAUCCUGCAGGGCUUCAAAGCGGGCAUAAAGACACCGCAGGCCCUUGUGAUUGUGCCGACCCGCGAACUAGCCGUUCAGGUGAAAGAGACCAUCAGCUGCCUGGGCGAAUUCCUGCCGACACUGAAGGUAAGCUACUUUAUUGGCGGCAUCGAUGUCAUCACCGAUCGCAGACGCAUCAAGAAUUGCGAUGUUGUCAUUGGAACGCCUGGACGACUGUUACAUCUCUACAGGAACAAUGUACUUUGUUUAAACAAUAUGAAUCUGCUCGUCUUGGACGAGGCUGAUCAGCUAUAUCAACUAAAUGGCCUCUACCGGAGCGUUAUCGAACUGAUUCGAAAAUUGCCUCAACAGAUGCAAAAGAUUGCUUGCAGUGCCACCUACGAGAGGAAUCUGGACGAGCAGCUGGCCAAGUCAAUGAACAAGCCGGUGCUUAUAUCGAACAGCGAGCGGGCCACCGUCCUUCUGGGCAUCCGUCAGUUUGUCUACGAGCUGCCCAGGCAGAUCAAUAACAUUGAACAGAUGAAUUGCAAGGUGGAGGCGGUCAUCAAGAUCUUUAACCUGGUGCCUUACGAGCAGGUCGUGCUCUUUGCCAGUUCCAAAAUGCGCGCCGAUUCGUUCCGAAACUAUCUGGCCCGCCGUGGCGUCAAGUGCCACCUAAUCUCGGGUGCCAUGAACCAAGAAGAGCGUUCGGAGGUCUUCGAUUGCUAUCGUUACUUCAAAAUGCGAACUCUGGUGGCCACGGAUGUGUUCGCCCGCGGCGUGGACUCGCCGCACACGAACCUAAUUGUGAAUCUCGAUCCGCCCAGGGAUCAUGUCGACUAUCUGCAUCGCAUUGGUCGAGCGGGAAGAUUUGGAUCGAAGGGUAUUGCCAUUACGCUGGUGUACGAGGAUGCAGAGAGCGACCAUUUCAAGGGUAUAUUGAGCAAGGCACAUACUGGCAAGUCCGUAUUGCAGUUUCCCAACGACGCAGAGAAGGGUUUGGAUUUUUGGAAUUUUACAACGUAUGCUUUUCCAUAUUACAUCAAGGAAGAGGAGAUUCAGCAGUUGCAAGAGUUUCCCAAGAAGGUGGGAGCACCAAAAACAUCUGCUGGGCCAACUAAGGAGGCAGCUGGAUAUGCUUCAAUGAAGAAAGAUGCCUUAAUGGAGGAGAAAACUUCAGCAGAUGGUAAUUCUUCAAAAAAAUGGAUGCUCCCAAGCAGGCGGAACCUUCACCAGUUGCAAGAUCCAAUGAAUGCUCACAUUAAGGAAGAUAAAGUAAAUAUAUUAGCCAAAGAGGCUCAAGCUGCCCCAGAAGGAGUUUCUUCAAGGACUGAGUGUGCUGAAGAGGAGAAAGGUACAAAUAUUAAAGAUCCUUCCACGAAGGACAAACCAGCAUCUUGUGCUCCCAACCAAGAUAAACCCGAAAUUUCCGUUGUUGCCUGUCAUAAACUAGAGGAAACCAUUAAGGAUGCUUUGAUGGAAGACCGACUAGUGGGUAGUUGCGAAGAGGAAAACACAGAGAUACCACAAAAGUUGGAUGAGAACGAUGCUCAAAAAAUCAAUUCAAUUUUAGUGGAAAAUGUCAUCAAAUCAAAUAACUAUUGUGUCGGUAAAGAUAAGCCGGAUAAGGCGUCUGGCAAAGACUCCCUGAAGGAGCAGCCUCCACCUACAAUCAAGGUAACUAAACUAGAAAUGGAGAACGACACAGAGAAGAACAAAGAGAAUCUACCAAAUAAUAAUAAUACCCAAAAGCCGGAUGAGUUUAUUUCACCAGAAUUAACACCAUCAUCGCUGACACCUCUGGACCUGACACAAGAUCACACAUUGACACCACCAGCGCCGCCAGUUAAUUCCAUCAACAACAAAACCUACUGCUUGGCAGCACCCACUGCAACUAGUUCCCUGACCCUGCAGGCCAUGGUCAUCUCCAACACGGUGGACGAUGCCAGUAGCAUUAGUUCGGAUUGCAGCAUGGGCAGCAGGAGCGAGUCCCUUAGCAGCCUAUACUCGAACACCGAUGUGAAACAAAUUUGGAAGAAGUACUUGAUAAUCCAAAAGCGCCGCCAGAGAAGCGCCAAGAUCCAGUCCCCCAAGCUGAUGUAUAACUGGUCAACUUCUAACCAUGUUAACCGUGUUAAACGCAAACGUAAAGUCAAGAUCCAAACUCUUAAUCAGGCGAACAAAGGGUCGAUUUCUAAGCCUGUUUCUCGUAUGUGUAAAGACAAGCCAAUGAAAAUUGAUGAGCAAACUGUGAGCCUUUUCGCAGAGCUAAAGUAUUGCCGUCUUAUCGAAAAACUAGACCACAGCGAGACCAUUGUGAAACGUUUGCUUCGUUACAGUAUAAAACGCAAAAUGAGUAACGUGGACGUCAACAUCUUCGUAAAGCUUCUCUAUGACGCCUACAAUGAGAUUUACGGCUUAAAAUCUAUUUGGGAGCCAAAGAAGUCCAAGGGAAAUGAAGCACAGAACAAGCUGACUGUUCGUGUGGCGCAUCGAAUGAACAUUCCACCAGUUCCUGCCGCCGAUGAUGAUCCUGCAACUGGUUCCGAAGCCAACGAAGCGAGUCAACAGUCUGAGGAGUUCACCGACAACGAAGAUGAUUAUGAAGAGGAUAUGGAGGAGGAGGAUGAGGGAAAUUCAUCGAGUGGCUUUGUGGAGAGCAAUGAGAGUGCUUCAUCUGGCAUAGAUACUUCCGAGUAUAACACAGACUCCUCCACCGAAGGUGAUCAGGACUAUGAUGAGUAUGAUGAUGAUGAUGAGACAGGCGCCAGUUCGAUGUACGGUUCUGAGUUAUCAGAAGAGGAUCUUGAAUGGGAAGAAGCCGAGGACGAGGAGGAGAGUGAGGCUGAGUCUACCGGAAGCAAUGUUAGUUUGUUCGGAACAAGCUACAAAGGCUCUGAUACCCCUGAAGAUGAGGAUUUACAAUCCGAGGAGCGUGAAGAAUUGGAAACCGAAGAUGUCCAGAGUAACAUGGAGCAGGAAACCCUGGAUAUGUAUCAGCAGAUGUUCCAAACACAGUAUCAGUUCAUUCUCGCCCAUGUGGCCAGUCAGAUGGCCGAACCAUAAGAUGAACGAAACACUAGUCCAAAGCUCAGGUCACUAACGAAUCGCAUUAGUUCCAAAGAGGAGGCUGCAUCAGCCGCUCUUUCUUCUUACAUCUUUUUACAUAUAGCGCGUAUCCUGUUAGCUUUUGAAUACUCUCAAUAUCAAUAUACCAUGUUAAUGCAAUGUUAUGAACUCUAUUGCGAUGAACGAUGAAUGCUUUGUACAAAUGCAAACAAAAUAAAUUGCAAAUGAAUGAACAAAGAAACAUACACUUGUAUCUAAGGUUGUAACUAUAACAAUUGAAAUGGACUUUAUAUUUUAUAUAACUUAGUUGUAGGUUUAUAGCGAAAUGCUAUGUGAUACAAAUAAUACUUUUAAAAAGAAACAACUUGUUGGCUGUAUAACGAAAAAUACAAGGAAACGAAAUUACAUAUUUUCCCAAAUUGGAAACCAUUAUUGUGAAAUGCCUUCCCAAUCGCGGAAGUGAAA